GGCGCAGAGCGCGUCUCCAGUUCGUGUGCAACUUAUAAACUCGAGGAAAACUGCCCCGGUGAUGGGUGAAAAGUGACUCCGAUCGACAUCGUUGUUUUCCUCCUUCCCCUAAAGUCAUGCGCCUGUUGCUCUGUCUGCUAUCCGCGCUGGUUUCACGCGGGGACGGCAAGGCGGCUGGAGGCUGGUUCACUCCGACCGGACAGUCGCUGCAUAUCAAUGACGGGGACUUCGCCACCCGGGAUCACACGAGGCGAGAGCCCCUUCAGCACCCGCAACGAGCGCUCCACGCAUCGCCAGAUUCUGCUUUUGACCUAAAGGUCCAGGUCAACAACGCGCUGAGUCGUCAUUACCUGAGCCAGGCGAUGGUGGAGGUCUACGUCAACUACACCAGGACCAACGCAGCUCUUACUGGGGAGGACGGCGCUGUUUUACUCAAUGUGCCUUUCCAAACUGGGAUGCCAAUCACGAUUGUGGCCGGAAAGGACGGUUACAUGUGCACACUGCUGCCUUGUAAAACCAACAGAAUGCCAAUAUUUUCAUCUGUGACCAUGUCACUACUUGGUCUGAAUCAGGGGAACAUCUGGCUCUUCGAUGAUUCUGUCCUGAUCACUGGCAAAACAUCUGACGCUGCAUCGCGGCCUAUUGUCCAGUUUCCCAAGAGCCUGCUGAAUCUGACAGACAGCAGUAACACCACUUCUGUUAAAGCCUUCCUGACAAUCCCCAAGCUGCCGUCAAAGGAGGACAGCUUUCUUCACACGUUGGGCAUCAUGAGCAGUGGAUCAGGAUACGUCAGCGUGGAGUUGAGUCCCGUGGCGGCCGUCAGUGUGCAGCUUUUCUCAGGAGACACGGAGCUACAUGUGAGUGGGCCCAUCCAGAUCCGCCUCAGCAUUCCAGACGGCUGUGGACUUCAGACUUCCAAUGUGGUUCCAGCAUGGUUCCUUAACCGGACCACUGGUGGAUGGAUGAGGAAGGGGCUUGGGACGGUGGUGUCAGUAGAAGGGAAACUCGUGUGGACAUUCACAGCGCCUCACCUUGGUUACUGGAUUGCAGCACCUUUGUCAUCCACCAGAGGUUUCUUCGGAAUUGCCAUCCCCAUUGACUUCCUCUCACACCACUCGUCUCUGCUGAUGGUUGUCCUUGGAGGAAUGCUUGUUAUUGUCUCCUGUCUCCUGGUUGGGUUAUUGUUUGAUCGCAGACGUUCGCUCAGUGAAAUUAAAACAAAGAUCCUACCGGCGAUGAGAAAAGACCAAACCACCUCAACAUGUGACGGGGAAGUCUUCGCCGUGUCUUCAGCGGACUCCUCUCAUCUCCGGACUGGACUGAACUGUUCAUUCGCGGAACGGGGGGACAAUCGGCACAACAACACUAUUAUUUCUAUGCACAACGGCGAUGUGAUAGCCAACCCCAAUGCUGUGGCUAUCAGGGUGGAGUGCAACAACCCGGAGCCAAACACCGACCUGAGUGAUCUGAUGUGUUUGCACCAAACCGCCGCUCCGAUCAGAGCGCCGGCCUCUCUGACGGAGAAUUUGUUUUUCUACAACCAGCCUGUUGACAUUUUUCACGCCCCAGCAUUCUUCCACUUGGAGGGGCAGCCGGAGCAGCCCCAGUGGAGCAAGUCGGCCACUCUUCCCCGCGCAGGCUCCGCAGCUGAGGCCCCGAGUCGAGACGGCUUCGCGCCGGCUCUGCCGGAAAGUCCCCCCGCCGCCCAGAACCAGGCGGCGGAAAACGAGGACCAGCUUGGGGUCCUAGAGGGCUCUCGGGCAGCAACUUCAACCGGCACAUCCAGGGGUCACUUCAGCCUCACGGAGUCGGCCUCGGUCCCAGGGACAUUGAAUAAAAUCAGUGGCGGCGGACGACACUCCCUGCGUGCCUUCGCAGACCUUUCUAAAAUCCCCUCAACUCAGCCUCCUCGAGCCUGGUUUGUGUCACUGGAGGGCAAACCCGCAGCUGAGAUCCACUACGCCGUGUCAGAGCAGCAGAGGCGCCGGAGGCCAGUCGAGAGUCGAGAAACCAGCUUAGACUCGGGAGUGGAUAUGAGCGAACUGAACCAGGCGCCCAGAAGGAGGGCCGUGGCGCUGGAGCGCAAUGCCACUUUUGUCAAAAGCAUUAAGCAUGCACCUCCACAGUAAAAGCCCAUAACACCUCCACAGUAAAAGCCCUUUACACCUCCAUGCCUACAGCCCUCUGAGUACCUGUAACACAAGAUGUAUUUACUGUAUCUUCCUUUUGCUUCAUCUUUUACAUCGACGUGAAGGCUUCAAUCCAAGUUGAGGCCCAUUUCUAGCAUCUGAUUCCACGCAGUCUGCAUUUUCCUAACAGCCUGUCCUGCCUCAAACAGACGGUUUUAACGAGAAACAUUUUAACAUUUUUUGCAAAUUGUCUGCAAAGUUAAGUUGCAUAGUUGCAGUUGCCCGAUAUGUCGGCCUCCAACGUGUCAUAGACGGCAACAUGAUUGAGAUUAUUGAGGUUAAAACGCUUUCAUAACGACCACUCUUCCAUUUUUAUUCCAGCCCAGAUUAACGGACAGACUACAAGCUAACUGAACAUGACUGAAUGUUUGUUAUUCUAACU